UGUUGGUCAGUCGUCGAUGAACUAUGAACAAGUACGUAUCGCUGAACUUGGGAAAAGAAAUGCUUCGCCUUUUUCUGGUCGUUAUUCUGCUCGUUUCGGGGGUAAAAGGCGACUGCAAUCGGAUUCCUCAGGCAGCCAGCGGUGAACGAUCGCCUGUGGAUGAUAACUUUAAGAUCCUCAUCGAUGGCAAUCCAUCGACUUAUGUGCCCGAGCAUCAGUACAAUGUUUCGUUAUCCUGUCCCAUCAACAUGAAGUUCGUGAGCUUCACUUUGGCUAUCGAAGCGGAAGAUCCUGGUCUCAGUGGUCAGGAUAUGACCGGUCACUUCGAACUGCUGGGCACCACGGACACCCGAUUCAGUGCAGGAUGUGAGAACAUGGUGGAGAGCACGAACACAAACGCCAAGAUCCACAUCGCGGUGUCCUGGAUAGCACCGCGUCAUCCCGACAGCGGAUGUGUGCUAAUCAAAGCAGGUGUGGUGCAACAUCGCGAUGUGUGGUUCCUAGACGAUGGCUUUCUAACGAAGCGGAUUUGUCCCGAGGAGAUCGACGAACUGAAUAGCAUGACGCCGCCCUUGGAGAACUGCUGUGCCUGUGAUGAAGCCAAAUAUGAGAUCGUUCUGGAGCGCAAAUGGGCGAGGAACACGCAUGCGAAGGACUUUCCGGCCGAGGCCUGGCGUACACGAUUGGGCGAGGUCAUUGGUGCUUCGCAUAGCCACAGCUAUCGGUAUUGGGCCUACGGAGGCAGAGCUAGCCAGGGCAUGAAGGAGAUGGCCGAGCAUGGAGCCACGCGCACACUGGAGAACGAGAUCAGGGAGAAUACGCAAAAUGGUGAAGUGCGGACUAUCAUUAAAGCCCCUGGCAUUGCCCACCGAUUGAAUGCCUUCGGAACCACUUUGGCCAAUGCUCGUGUAGAUCCUGUGCAUCAUCAGAUCUCGCUGGCGACCAAGAUAGAUCCUUCGCCGGAUUGGAUACUGGGCGUGGCAGGACUGGAGCUUUGCCUUAGUAACUGCACAUGGCUGGAGCGGAAGGUGCUGAACCUGUAUCCCUGGGACAUAGGCACCGAUUCGGGUCCUUCUUAUAUGUCCUCAGAUCAGCCACAGGUGCCACCGGAUGUGGUACGGCGCAUUACAUCAUCCUAUCCCAGCGACUAUCGUUCUCCGUUUUACGAUGACACCGGUGCCCCAAUGAAACCUCUGGCCACUCUUUAUUUGACCAGGAAGAAGCUCUACAUCCGGGAGUGUGAAGAGGUUCCCCAGGAGGGACCCCUGGAGUGCGCCGUGCAUCCGUGGAACGAGUGGUCCAACUGCAGCACGCGUUGUGGUCCGGGCUAUUCCCAGCGCCAGCGUAGCUAUAAGAGCCCGGACCUAGCAGAUAACUUCAACUGCAAUCUUCGACUGGAGGAGAUGCGUCAAUGUCAGGGAAGCCAAUGUGGAGCAGCGGAGGAGGAAUUGGAUGGUGAAGAGCCUGGUUUGGGCAUGGAAAAUCCCCAGGGCGGUGGCUCAAUAGCCGAAUGCCAGCUGAGCAACUGGAGCGAGUGGUCGCCCUGUUCCAAGACUUGCGGCCGAGGAUCCUCCACUCGCACCCGCGACUACUACAAUCCGCAGGCCAGGCAGCGUUGCUUGUCCGUCAUGCGACUGCCGCUGGAGGAAACCAGGCAGUGCAUGGGAUCGGAUUGUGGUGGAACCAUUCCGGACAACGGCGAACUCGAUGCUCUACCGGAACCAGAUUUGUUUGGGGAGACAGACCAGGGCGGAUAUGCGGGUAAUAGACCACCUUGGAGCAGCAGGCCGGAUGCAUCUGGUAGCCAGGUGUGGAACAAAAAGGGUUUUAAUGAUAGAUCCCCUUACAAUCCCCCGGAUAACACGCUAGAAUCACCAAGUCCACCCGCUUACAAUCCAUUGGAUAAGGCAGGUGGAUACGAUAAAGUGUUUCCUUCUGCCAACAGCUACAGCAAUGACAAAUUGGUGGGCAAUAGGCCCGGUUACAACGAUUACAAUAAUAGGAAUUCCUACAAUGAGUACACUACUCCCAGCUUCAGACCUUCAUUCACCACUCGUUCUCCAUUUGGAGCGCGUUAUCCCAGUCGGCAACAGUCGGAUGUGGAGGAAACCACCAUCGACAACUAUAAUGUGGUUCAGGACUACUGCUUCGAGAAGCCCUAUGCUUCGACGCGACCCUGUGUGGCCAAUCCAGUGGUGGUGAGCAACUACUGGUUCUACGACCACGACGAUCACGAGUGCAAGAUCUUCACGACGGAUAACUGCGACGAGAACAGGAACCGCUUCCGCACCCUGAUGGCCUGCGAGGGCACCUGUCUCCAGCCUCAAAUGAACAUGGAACGCACCGAAAACGAUGCAAUGGAACUCUACGGAGGUGGAUCUUAUGGUCAAGCAGGAGGUGGAUCCUAUGAUCAAAUUGCAGGUGGGCAAUAUAAUCAAGGGGGAGGAACAUCAUAUGGAGCUGGCUCUUAUGGUCAAGGUGAAGGAAGAUCGUAUGAUCAGUCUGGAGCAAGUUCAUAUGAUCGAUCAGGAGGAAGAUCGUUCGACCAAACCGUAGGUAGUUCAUAUGAUCCAACGGGUGGAAGAACCUAUGGUCAAACGGGAGCAAGAGCCUAUGACCGAUCAAGUGGAAGAACCUAUGAUCAAACCGACGAUAGAUCCUUUGACCGAGCAAGAGGUAAACCCUACGUGCAAACUGCAGGUGGAUCUUAUGACCAAGCGGCUGGAGGAGCUUAUGGCUCUCAAUUCGUCGAAGCAGCAGGGAAUAUUGGAGAACCCAUGUCGCAGACCAGGAACAGAUACGACUCACCAAGACGCGGUCCUUAUGGUGGCUAGUAAAACAACCAAAUUAAAAUAUUGCAGAUAUGAUUAAA